GUGCGAGAUGGCGGCGCGCAAGCUCCCCGAGCGUCGAGGCGACAGGAGGCGCUGCAGAUGCAGGACGCCCUCGCUGCCGGCUGCGCGGCGCAAAAGCGGCGCGUUUCCUGAGCGGCCCGAAGGAGGAUCCUCCUCGCCGAGCCAGCAGACUCUGUCCGCGGGGCGCUCGAGCCAUGGAGUUGCGAGCCGAGCUUCUAAAGUCCAUCUGGUACGCCUUCACCGCCUUGGACGCGGAGAAAAGCGGCAAAGUGUCCAAAUCUCAGCUGAAAAGUGGAUGAAGAAACUAGAUUUGGUGCUCUCUCACAACCUGUACACCGUGCUGUGCAUCCCUCAUGAUCCUGUGGCACUGGAGGAACACUUCAAGGAUGAUGACGAUGGGCCAGUAUCAAGUCAAGGGUACAUGCCAUAUCUCAACAAAUACAUCCUGGACAAGGUAGAAGAAGGUGCUUUUGUCAAGGAGAGUUUUGAUGAGCUUUGCUGGACCUUGACAGCAAAGAAGAAUUACAAGCCAAACCGGAAUGGGAAUAGCGUUGUAUCCCAUGAAGAUGCUUUCAGACUUUGGUGUCUCUUUAACUUCUUAUCCGAAGACAAGUACCCUCUUGUUAUGGUUCCUGACGAGGUGGAAUACCUCCUGAAGAAGAUCUGCACAGCCAUGAGCAUUGAGCUCAACUCUGGGGAGUUAGAGGACUUCUUUUCUCAAGAGGCUCAACAGCAGAGUGGUUUGACAGUCUGGCAGUUUCUUGACUUGGUAAACUCGGGCCGGUUCCUACGAGGAAUUGAGCGUGAGGCUAUUAGCAUGGCUGUUGAAGAAGUCUACCAGGAGAUCAUUGGAGAUGUGCUCAAACAGGGCUAUCUAUGGAAGAAAGGUCAUCUGAGAAGGAACUGGUCUGAACGAUGGUUCACCCUAAAGCCCAGUGAUCUCUCUUACUAUGUGAGUGAGGAACGGAAGGAGAAAAAGGGGAGCAUUUCUUUGGACAGAAACUCUUGUGUGGAGAUCUUGCCCGACAAGGAUGGGAAACGGUGUAUGUUCUGUGUGAAAACACCUUCUCGGACGUAUGAAAUGAGCGCCUCGGAUACCAGGCAAAGGCAGGAGUGGACGCUUGCCAUCCAGAUGGCAAUCCGCCUCCAGGCCGAGGGCAAGAAGUCUCUGCACAAGGACUUGAAGCAGAAGCGGCGGGAGCAGCGGGAGCAGCGGGAGCGGAAGAAGGCCGCCAAGGAGGAGGAGAUGCAGCGCCUGAAGCAGCUGCAGGAGGAGAAGGAGCGCAAGCUGCAGGAGCUGGAGUUGCUGAAGGAGGCCCAGCGCCAAGCUGAGCUCUUGCUCCACGAGGAGGAGGAGCGGCGCCAGCAGCAGCAUGAGGAAAUGCAGAGGACGCUGGAGAUACAGUUGCAGGAAGCUGAGAAGGCUCGUGCUAACAUGCAGGCUGAGAUGGUACUGAAGGAGGCAGAGGCAGAACGUCAGCGCAAGCGCAUCACAGAACUGGAGGAGAUGCAGCAACGACUCCAAGAUGCUCUGCACCAGGAGGUUAAAGCUCGUCAGGAUGAAGAGGCCGUGAGAUAUGCACAGGCCCGGUUGCUGAAUGAAGAGGAGGAGAAAUUGAAGCAGCUGAUGAAGCUGAAGGAGGAGCAGGAGGAGUACAUCAUCAGAACCCAGCAUGAAAAGCUGAUCCUCAAGCAAGAGAUGGAAAACAAGAGCAAGUUUCUGGAAGAGGCCCAACAGCAGCUGGAAGAAGUGAGAGUCAAUAGAGAAAGGGUGGACCAGGAUGUCAUGUUGGCCCAGCGGAAGCUUCAACAGGCCAGCACCAAUGUAAAGCAUUGGAAUGUUCAGAUGAAUCGACUGAUGCACCCCAUUGCACCAGGAGAGAAACGUACAGUGGUGAGUGGAGGGUUCCCUGGUUUCAAUCCCGCACUCCUGUCCAGGAGAGAUUCCUCCCUCAAACUAAAGCAGAAUCUGGAAAAGAAGAAAUCUGAUGCUAUGAAGAAUGGAAGCAAGGAAAACUUAAAUGGGGAGAUGGAGAAGCAGCUGCAGGCACCUGAUAAAGAUAAUCCUAGCUCAGGAACCCUCUGAGUAGCUGCAGAAGCCAGGCCAACCCACUUGUUGAAAUUUUGCGGCCGGGACGUAAACAUCAUGGCAGUUUAACAGUAACUAUAGUAUAUACAUAUGAGCACUGGACAGAUGUAAAGAUUGCAUAGGGAAGUAUGAUAAGAAUUCUACUUUGUUAAGCCAUGGGCUAUGCUGGCAACUUGCUUAAUAUGCAAAAGCAGCACCUGAUGUAUAUAAAAUGGACAAACCAGAAGUUUCCUUAUCCAAACUGCAGGAGUAUGGUUCUUUGGGAUUACAGUUCCCUCGAAGGUACACUUUAUUUGGCCUCUGCAGAAGAUGAAAGAUCCUCAUCACACUCUCAUACUGGCAUGAGGAAUUUCAAACUGCUGUUGCUGCUGAUAACUGCUGUAAUGUGCCAAGAUGUCUCAUUCUUUUAAAAACAUUUUUUUAAAUGGUAAAAUAUAUAUUGUGCUCCAUGGUGGUUUGCAAUAUGUUGUUAUAAACAGUCUGGGUCCUGCUUCUUUGGGACAAUAUUGGUUAAUUUUCCACGUCUUUAAUUAAUUAUUAUUAUUAUUUGGCAGCUGAAGAUACUGAUAUGGCCCAAGUUUAUAUAAUGAAUUCUGAAAAUGUUAUGUUUCUAACUUUUGAAACCAAUGUGCAAGCCUUGUCAAAGAGUUGUUGAGAACAAACAAGUUGAUGCUCAGUUUCCCUGAAUCGCUGUGCAAUGUAGAGUAUGAGUUUUAAAUGAAAUUUCUUUGUUUU